AUUUUGGUCCAUAAGAAUGUCUCAUACUUCCAUUUAACUCCUGUACAUCUUUUGUUCUCAAAGUUUCACAGUACACAAAAUCAAUAUGCACUCCUUUUCGAAGUUUGUUUCAGCCCUCGCCUUCGGGCUGCUGUUAAGCCAGGUUGCCGCCACUUGCACUCGGCCCUUGCAGCGAAAGGAGUGGAGAACCCUACGGGCCUCGGAGAAGCAAGCUUAUAUUAAAGCUGUGCGAUGCAUGCAGACCAAGCCAGGUCUUCUGGGAGACCUUUACCCCGGAGUUCGGUCUCGCUUUGAUGAUUUCCUGGGCUUGCACAUCAACCAAACAGACUUUAUCCAUUUUGUGGGAUUCUUCCAACCAUGGCAUCGUUUCUUUGUCGCAACUUAUGAAGCAAGUCUACGCAGUGAAUGUGGAUACACUGGAGCUCAACCAUAUUGGGAUUGGUCUUUGGAUUCCUGGUCCGAGGCAGCCUUUCUGGCGUCCCCGGUUUUUGAUCCAGCAACAGGAUUUGGAGGAAAUGGGCCAUAUAUCAACUCCACCGACGAUGCCAGUGUUCGCCUCCACAUCCCUGGGAAAACAGGAGGAGGGUGCGUCUUAAACGGACCUUUUCUGGAUAUGUCUGUGAACAUGGGACCAGGUCUUAACAACGACUACAAUCCUCACUGUCUCACCCGCGAUUUUAGCCCUUGGCUGGCAACACAAAAGCUGCAGUUCAUCAAUUCCUUUACACCCUUUCUACAAACUACGUUCUCGAAAUUCGAUGUCGCCGUUCAGGGCUCUAUCGAUGUCGCAGGUUUAACUUAUCAUGGCGGCGGGCAUCUCUCCGUUGGAGGUGAUCUUGGAACCAUGGGAGAUGUCUACGCAAGCCCUGGAGAUCCGCUCUUCUUUCUACAUCAUGCAAACAUGGAUCGCUUGUGGAAUCUCUGGCAGCGUGUCGACUUUUCUCGCCGCAGCAAAGACAUCGCAGGCCCGACUGUUCAAUUCACAGCGCCAUUUGACUUUUUUGAGCCUGCUACGUCCACGAACGUAACUCUGGACUAUGCUAUGGAUUUCAAGCAUUUGGCUUCCAGCUCAUCAUCUGUCAAGAUUAGCGAAGUUAUGGAUAUCCAGGCUGGAAGGCUUUGCUAUACUUAUGUAUGAGAUAAAUCUGUUUAGCAAACGCUGCUUGCUCCUGAGUAAGCAAGGAAUACGAG